AUGAUCACAAUUGUUAAUAAAAAGGGGAGGUUUUCUAAGGAUGAGAUUGAGAGGUUGACUCGAGAGGCCGAGAAAUACAAAGAAGAGGAUGAAGAAUACACGAAGAAAGUGGACGCGAGGUAUUCUUUUCUGAACUGCAUAGACGACAUGAAGGCCAAAAUCAAUAAAUUAGGACCAGAGCUGGCAGAGAAUUUAAAGAAGAAGAUUGAGAGUGCACUCCAUCAUGCAAAUCAGUGGUUGAAUAGCAAUUGCAGUAAGGGAGCCACCGUAGAGGACAUCAGCGUCAGGGUAGCUGAGUUGGAAAACGUUUGCAAUCCUAUCAUAGCAAAGUUAACAAAGUUUUACCAGCAGCGUGGUGCCAGUCCGGACAAUGAUAGCGAGUCUGAUUUAGUUCCUUUGUUAGGAGCCGACUUUAACAAUGAUACAUAG